AUGGUCGCCUCAACCUCGGCAUCUUUUGAGAACUUUGUCAAGCAGACAAGGGAGAAGAAGAAGAACGAAGCCCUCGCGCAGCAGUUCCUAGGCGGAGCCAACCGAGGACGGAAAGCGAACGCAUCAGGCGCUGGUGGACGGUCGCGCGUCGAGUCCGAGAAGCCUUCGUUGCUCAGCCGGAUAAACGGGGGUGCCGGCGUCCAAAAGCGAUCAUCGAGCGCAAAACCAGCGGGCAGCAUCGAGGGGAAAUGGCAGCAUGAUCUGCAUAAGCUGAACAAUCCCCGCGGCGCAGCCAACAACAGGAACACCCUCGCUCGGACGGCUUCAGCAUCGCAGGUUGAGCGCAACAGUAGGACGUACGGCAAAUUUGCUCCCGUUAUCGGUCAAGGUGCAGCAGGCUUCAGCAUUCGAGGUGUUGCGACUGGAGGCCCGUGUACCGUCAUCGCGAGCAACUUUGCACCUGGAACCACAGCCGCGGAUAUCGAAGCCGUCAUGAGCCCAAUUGGCGGAGAGACGCUGGGCUGCAGACUUUUGUCUUCCAACCCGACCGUCAUGGUUGAACUACAGUUUGCAAGCAGAGACGGGGCCGAGAAUGUUAUUGCAACAUUCAACAACCAGAAGGCUGAUGGAAGACUACUCUACGUCUACAUGAAGGAUGUUCCUGCGAGCACCCACGUAGCGCAACCCCGAGCACCGCCCGCUCGCCUGACACAAUCCAUGGAUGACAUGGACGUUGAUACCAACGCGGGCGCACAAACCGGUAGCUACCAAGAUGGCCGGUUCGGCUUCAGCGACGCUGGUCGCAGGGAACCGCCGCGCGGUCCCCGCCGACGAUACUAG